AUCCCAGUCUGAACCGGUUUCAACCGGUCUUGGGUUUGAUGCACUAGAUGAGAGAAGAGCUGGCUUACAGACUCUUUUGCAGACUCCUGCUUUAAAACUACGUUUUUGGGGGGGAAUAGAUGCAAACAAUAAACUAAACGUCUGCUUUUGCUUUGUGUUUAUGAAGCCGGGAUGUCGUGUUAGCCAUGGCUCCGUGAGACACUGCUAGCGAGCUAGCCUAGAAACUCAAAGACAUACAACGUAAAUCAGUGACAGCUAAGCUAACUUUGCUAAAGGGGGGGUCAAGCUCAGCGUUAUCUCUGGACUCGGACUCGCACUUAACGUUACUACUCUUUCUUUUCUUUUUUUGUAUGAGCAUUAAUUACUCGGCGCUUCGCUUCAGUUUAGUAACCUAACUUACUUGCAGAUAGUUGGGUUAGCUGUUUAGGUGGCUAGGCUAGUUAGCGAGCUGUCCAAAGCAAGUGCAUCUGCUAGCUAACGUUAGCACCUCGCUAUCGCGUGAUCAUGAGAUAAACGGAUCCGUGUUCGCGAGUUUAUUUACCUUUUAACGUUAACUUAUUACUCUUGUCGUCUCGGCUUCUUCAGAUUUACGAGUUUAGCUAACCGCUAAGCUAAGCGUAGCGUCCCCCGAAAGCGUAAAGUGGCAUUUCAUCGAAAAGAGUGUUUUUUAAAAAAUCAGCUCUAUGCCAGCAGAAAUGACAAUGUUAGCGGACCAUACAGCCCGGCAGCUGCUGGACUUCAGUCAGAAGCUGGAUAUCAACCUACUUGACAAUGUGGUCAACUCCAUGUACUACGAUGUUGGGUCCCAGCAACGAGUGGCACAAGAAGUCCUUACCAGCUUGAAGGAUCACCCGGACGCUUGGACCAGAGUGGACACUAUCUUGGAGUUCUCCCAGAACAUGAAGACUAAAUACUACGCUCUUCAGAUUCUGGAGACUGUCAUUAAAACACGCUGGAAAAUUCUUCCAAGGAACCAAUGUGAAGGAAUUAAGAAGUAUGUUGUGGGGCUGAUUAUCAAGACAUCUUCGGAUCCUGCUGUUGUGGAGAAAGAGGGAGUUUACUUGGCGAAACUGAACAUGAUCUUGGUCCAGAUUCUGAAGCAGGAGUGGCCGAAGCAUUGGCCCACAUUUAUCAGCGACAUCGUGGGAGCGAGUCGCACCAGCGAGAGCCUCUGCCAGAACAACAUGAUCAUCCUGAAGCUGCUCAGUGAGGAGGUGUUCGAUUUCUCCAGUGGACAGAUGACCCAGGUCAAAGCAAAGCACCUGAAGGACAGCAUGUGCAAUGAAUUUUCACAGAUUUUCCAGCUUUGCCAGUUUGUCAUGGAGAAUUCCCAGAACGCUCCACUGGUCAACGCCACAUUGGAAACGCUUCUGCGCUUCCUUAACUGGAUUCCGCUUGGCUACAUUUUUGAGACCAAACUGAUCAGCACACUGGUUUACAAGUUUCUGAAUGUACCUAUGUUCCGGAACGUGACUCUGAAGUGCCUGACGGAGAUCGCAGGUGUCAGUGUCAAUCAGUACGAGGAGCAGUUUGUCAGCCUCUUCACCCUGACCAUGAUGCAGCUCAAACAGAUGCUGCCUUUGAACACAAAUAUCCGUCUGGCUUAUGCAAACGGUAAAGAUGACGAGCAGAACUUCAUCCAGAACCUCAGCCUGUUCCUCUGCACCUUCCUCAAAGAGCACGGCCAGCUAAUUGAAAAGAGACUCAACCUGCGUGAGACGCUAAUGGAGGCCCUCCACUACAUGCUGUUGGUGUCUGAAGUGGAGGAGACAGAGAUCUUUAAGAUUUGUUUGGAGUACUGGAACCACUUGGCAGCAGAGCUGUAUAGAGAGAGCCCCUUUAGCACCUCCACCUCUCCCCUGCUCUCUGGAAGCCAGCACUUUGACGUGCCCCCACGCAGACACCUCUACCUGCCUGUGCUAUCCAAGGUUCGUUUGCUAAUGGUGAGCCGCAUGGCUAAGCCCGAGGAGGUGCUGGUUGUAGAGAACGACCAGGGAGAGGUUGUACGAGAGUUCAUGAAGGACACAGACUCCAUCAACCUCUACAAGAACAUGAGAGAGACUCUUGUGUACUUGACUCAUCUGGACUAUGCGGAUACAGAGCGGAUCAUGACGGAAAAGCUCCAUAACCAGGUGAAUGGUACGGAAUGGUCCUGGAGGAACCUGAACACGUUGUGCUGGGCUAUUGGCUCAAUCAGCGGAGCCAUGCACGAGGAGGAUGAGAAGAGGUUCCUUGUUACUGUUAUCAAGGACCUGCUGGGACUGUGUGAGCAGAAGAGAGGGAAAGACAACAAGGCCAUCAUCGCCUCCAACAUCAUGUACAUUGUAGGCCAGUACCCACGAUUCCUCCGUGCUCACUGGAAGUUCCUGAAGACGGUUGUCAACAAGCUCUUUGAGUUCAUGCAUGAGACCCAUGAUGGAGUUCAAGACAUGGCAUGUGACACAUUCAUCAAGAUUGCUCAGAAAUGCAGGAGGCAUUUUGUGCAGGUGCAGGUUGGGGAAGUGAUGCCCUUCAUUGAUGAAAUUCUCAACAACAUCAACACUAUCAUUUGUGAUCUGCAGCCACAGCAGGUGCAUACGUUCUAUGAAGCUGUGGGUUACAUGAUUGGCGCUCAAACGGACCAAGCAGUACAGGAGCACCUGAUAGAGAAGUACAUGCUGCUCCCCAACCAGGUGUGGGACAGUAUCAUCCAGCAGGCCACCAAGAACGUGGACAUCCUGAAGGACCCAGAAACGGUGCGUCAGCUCGGCAGCAUCCUGAAGACCAACGUGAGGGCGUGUAAGGCCGUAGGUCACCCGUUUGUGGUGCAGUUAGGACGUAUCUACCUGGACAUGCUAAAUGUCUACAAGUGCCUGAGUGAGAACAUCUCCUCUGCCAUCCAGACCAAUGGUGAGAUGGUGACAAAGCAGCCUCUGAUCAGGAGCAUGCGCACGGUGAAGAGAGAAACUCUGAAGCUCAUUUCGGGCUGGGUCAGCCGUUCCAAUGAUCCUCAAAUGGUUGGGGAGAACUUCGUUCCUCCUCUGCUAGAGGCCGUCCUGAUUGACUAUCAAAGGAACGUUCCUGCUGCUCGAGAACCAGAAGUGCUCAGCACCAUGGCUACCAUCGUGAAUAAGCUUGGGGCUCACAUCACUGGAGAAAUCCCCCAGAUUUUCGAUGCCGUUUUUGAGUGCACUCUUAACAUGAUCAACAAGGACUUCGAGGAGUUCCCAGAGCACAGGACACACUUUUUCUACCUGCUGCAGGCGGUGAAUUCGCAGUGUUUCCCUGCUUUCUUGUCUAUUCCACCAGUCCAGUUCAAGCUGGUGUUGGACUCCAUCAUCUGGGCUUUCAAGCACACCAUGAGGAACGUGGCUGACACAGGUCUGCAGAUCCUGUACACACUGCUGCAGAAUGUGGCCCAGGAGGAGGCUGCUGCUCAAAGCUUCUAUCAGACGUACUUCUGUGACAUACUUCAGCAUAUCUUCUCUGUUGUCACGGAUACGUCUCACACAGCUGGUUUGACGAUGCACGCCUCUAUCCUGGCCUACAUGUUCAACCUAGUCGAGGAGGGAAAGAUCAGCGUAGCCCUGAGCACUGGUGCCCCUAUGAGCAACCAGGCUUACGUGCAGGAAUAUGUGGCAAGCCUGCUGAAGACAGCCUUCUCACACUUACAAGAUGCCCAGGUGAAGGUGUUUGUAACAGGUCUGUUCAGCUUGAAUCAGGACAUACCUGCCUUCAAAGAGCAUCUUAGGGACUUCCUUGUGCAGAUAAAGGAGUAUGCAGGUGAGGACACUAGUGACCUGUUUCUGGAGGAGCGCGAGGCGGUGUUGCGUCAGGCCCAGGAGGAGAAACACAAACUCCAAAUGUCUGUGCCAGGAAUACUCAACCCGCACGAACUCCCAGAGGAAAUGUGCGACUGAGCUUUCGCGCACUUGUACAGUUUUUCAUACAGGAAAGAACGGAAUCGGGAGCUGGCGAAGCUCUGUGUGCGUGUGUGUGAGUGUGUGUGUACAGCGAGAUAGCAGUAGGCAGAAGAUGGAAGAGGAGUGUAAAUUUUGACCAAACCAAUGCCAAUGUGUAAAUGAAACCGUCUGUAACCUUCUUUGACCCCGCCCACUUCACAUGCAGUCCCCGCCCACCCGUCAUUUUUAUGUGAACCUACAUUCAUUUUGUAUGGAGAGAACUGUUGUACGGUUACAAUCCCCACGUUAAUCAAUUCAGAAUUACUGUUUGGGUUGGGUUUCUUUUUCCUCUACGGGAAAAGCAUGAAGUUGAUGACAAAAUUUGAGCAUUUUAACUUCACCUCCACCCUUCAACUCUUCUCAUCUGUAUGUUAAUUUGUAAAAUAUAUUACAGCAACCCAGUAAAGAGAAGUAAGGAAGAUGAACGCCCCACAGAGAGAAAGAGAAGUCGUUUUCUCUUAACUAGUAAUGUGUCAUUUUGCUGUGUGGCCUCUAGGCUUUUUCUUUUCCCCCCUCUUUAAACCACAGCAAACGAAUGUGUCUGUUGAGGAUCAGUCAUGAAAGAUGCUGCUCUUUUUGUUUUGGUUUUCCUUGAUUUUGUCCACAGUUUUGUUUGGGGCUCAUGUUAUAUUUGAUUUUGUUUUUUAAAGCAGUAUGUUAGGGGAGGCGACUCUGUACUAAUUUCAUGCCGCAGUUUGGUUGGAAGGAGUGGGUUCUAGACAGGCUCGCCAACGGUGAUGAAGGGUUUGUUCAUAUCGUCCUGUUUAUAACGCUGUCUUAGUACUAUGGGAACAUAAAGUUGGAUAUUUUUACAAAAAA